CAAAAAGAACUUACUAUGAUAUGGUGAAAUUUGGGGUAUUUUCUGGAUGUGAGAUGAUACGGGCGAAUCAGCGUUUAUGCAGCCGGGGCAGCGGAGUGAUUUAUUGUGAUGGCGAGAAACAACAAAUUUCUUUCCGGUCUGAAAGCACAGGGAUUCCCGCAGUGUGGACAGUCUCUAUUUAAAGGAACAAUGCCGUGGUCUUUGAACAAUUGAAGGGUCUCAUUAUCUAUCCCUAAAUUCGCAAAUUACGUCCAUAUAAGACAGGCAACAACCUUGAAACGUCAUGCUGAAAAUGAAACUGCUGCGAGCAAAGCAGCAGAGCGUGGCCUCAUUACCGAUGGGAAGACAAAUUAGUGAGUGUCUAGGCGCCUAAUUAUCUAUGACAUGAAACAUUUGCACAAGAAAUGAUUACCUUAUCAGAACUCACAGAUGAAAAUAAAGAAAAUAAACAGUAAUACAAAUAACGCGUCCGAAGGUUGUCCUAUACAGUAUAGUCUGCAUUUAAGCGGUCAAUUGAACCCAUGGAGGUCUGCGUAAAGUGAGAAACACUUAAAUGAAAUAACAGAACAUAUGGGAUUAAUUGAAAUAGAGACUGGGCCGACCUCCAGACUCCACUUUUGCCAACAAAAUACGUACCUUGUAGUCAAAAUAACAUCUUAAUUUUAUGAUGGUAUGCACACACAAUUAAUAAUUAAGAGAAAUAUCAAUAAUAUUAGGUUUUUUAACACUUAAUCCCCGGGUGGGGGUUUGUGGAUGGGUGGUGUGUGUAAACAAGUGUGUUGAGAGCGAGGGAUGUACUGUAGUACUGUUGAUACAGUAUACUGUACUACAGUUUAGUGUUGAAGAUGGCUACACCGUCACUGUCUCCUGACGAGGAAUUGAGUCACCUCACUGAUGAGGAAUAUCUUAUAUACAGAGCAAAGGAACAGCAGAAGAAAGAUCCCUGUGCAGCCAAGUGUUGGAUGAUCACGGCUCAAGCUCUAUUCCCAAAGAAUUUCGGGAUUCAGUUUGAAGUAUACCAGAUUGAGAAAGCUGCCAAGAAUGUCAAGGAAGCAGCAAAGUGUCUCAGUGUAUUGUUACGAGACUUUGCCCCCGAGCCGUUACUGUGGAGGGAGGUAGAGACAAUCAUGUCAGCUUUACGCCAGAACAACCCAGACUCUCAGAUAUCAUUCCUUUCAUAUCUCUUCAAUAUGCUUCCUAAAGAUAUCCAGUUGGGGAUGGUGUUGUCUGCAGCUGAACGUUCUCAGGACACAAUGACUCGCUGUCGUCUUAUGCUCCUGUUGACCACCACCUUCCCCGAGACCACUGCUCACCAUGGGUUACAAUUGGUGGACAGUCUGCUUGCUGCUGAGAAACAUUGUCCCGGGGCACUUAACCCAUUCAGAAGGAUGCUUGUGUGUGAUUUAUUGCCAAGAUUGUUACAGACGCACGGACUGGAAGUAAGACCAAAAACUCUUUAUAGUCUUCUGUCCAGAGCCAUUGAAUUUUAUGUGGCAUAUGUUACCACUUCACCAAAAGUCAUGCAGGGAGUUCUUGAUGGUGAUGGAAAGAUUGAUGAUCCAUGGCAACAGCUGUUCACUGUUGUCCAACUAAUUGGCUGGAAUUUGGGCUGGGACCUGGCAUCUGGAUUCCAGAGUACCAGCAACAGAGAAGUUAUUCUACAAAGAAUCCAGAGCUUAGUUGAAGGAGGAGCUCGCUUGGGAGGACCUAAGGGUGAAGGAGGUGAGGAUGUCCGUGAGGUCCUCUACACAACACUGACUGUCUUCCUUCAUGCUCUCAUGGACUAUACCAAGCGCCUGUACCCAGAUUUUAAUCAAGCAGAAAACAGUGCAUCAACAAGCACACCCUUGACGUUAGUGGAAGCAUUCGUCUUUCCGGAAUGUGAACGUGAAGAGUCGGUCAUUGUGCCUCCCAAACGGUCCCGACCUUCAUUGGACGAAGACCCUACCAUUCCCAUCAUUACAGUUAGUCGGCCUACUCCGGCUGGUCAGGCUGUUACACCAGUGGUGGGACUGUCAGUCAACACUCCUGGUGGCAUUGCAGCUGGUGGACUCUCUCAAGCACUCACUACUGCCAUCAAAUGCUGGGAUCUUCUCAAUUCUUACGAACAGCUACGUGCAGAGUUUGUGCGACUGUUGGAGAGUCUUGGCACAGACCGGUGGUGGUGGUUGCGUGUGUUCACAGUGGAUGUCUUGAUAUAUCAAGGCAGACUAGCAGAGGCAUCCAGGGAACUGCGUCACACACUCACCCAACGUGUCCAUCAGCUUCCUACUACAUUCAUCAGCACUAACCUCAAAUUAGCUUCAGUGCUCUAUGCUUUAAAUAAUUUAUCUGGAGCAGCAGAAGCCGUACUGGAAGUUGUGGGUCAGCUGCCCGGUUGGGUCGGUGUUGGCAGUCUGGCUGGGGACCUGUGUGUGUCAGCUGCUCCUAACCGCCGUCACCUCCAUGUGUUGGCACUCACACGCCCACAAUGCUUGCAGUUUGCCACCACUCUUCUCAUACAUGCUUUACGACAGCGUAUUAUUGUGGACAGGCACAUGGAUGACUUGUGCAUUGGCCAUCUUAUUACACUGUUACAGUAUGAGUGGCCAAAAUACAUGAAUACGUUUGAAGAAAUUUUGCAAAUUAUUAGAAAACAAGGAGGCUUCUCAUACCCUCUGUUUUAUAGCUACAUCAUCACACCAGAUAUAUUGGAAGAGUUUAUGUUCCUGGCUACCAAAGAGGGAGGAAAUUUACAGAUGGACAUCAUUCCCAUAAACCACAGCAACAAACAACAAAGAACAAUAUCGACACGUGGUGUUGACAGAGACCUUAAGCAUGAUUUCAAGAUGGGAAUGAAGAAAUUGAUGUUACGCAGUUCAGAACCCAUAGAAGGUACCAUCAUCACCUUCCUGACACGGGAAGGAUCAUUAGUACACGAAAAUCUGAUGUGAACACUGAUUUCACACAUCUUUUCCUUUCAACAUGCAGUACAGUAACGUAGUUAUUUUCAUACUGGAUCACCUUUUGUGUGAUAUAUACUGUACUCAAAAUAAAUUUGUUUUGAAAAUUC